UUUGUCCUUUCUUUUGGCUCUCGGCAAUUAGGGGAAAAGAGAAGAAGAGAACCAAAAUGAUGUACGAACAGCAACAGCAUCAAGUGAGGAUGGAUUUGAGGAAGAGAGCCGAGAGGAGACGGUGCAUAGAGGAAGAAGAGAGGCUUGAGAUUGUUGAUUUGAGUGGCAUGUCUUUGGAGUUUCUCCCCAAUCCCACUCUCAACUUGGCCACCAUCUGCAAACUUGACCUCUCCAACAACAAUCUUCAGAGCAUUCCGGAGUCCUUAACCGCAAGACUGCUAAAUGUGGUGGUGUUGGAUGUGCACUCAAACCAGCUAAAGUGUCUGCCCAAUUCCAUGGGUUGUCUUUCAAAGCUUAAGGUUCUCAAUGUCUCAGGGAACCUUCUUCAAUCCUUGCCUAAGACUAUUGAAAAUUGCAGGCACUUGGAAGAAUUGAACUGCAAUUUCAACAAGCUGAGCAAACUACCAGACAACAUUGGAUAUGAGCUGGUUAAUCUGAAGAAGCUCACAAUCAACUCAAACAAGCUAGUUUUCCUACCACAAUCGGUUGCUCACCUUACCUCCCUCAGAGUCUUGGACGCCCGCCUCAACUGCCUCAGAUCUCUCCCUCAGGACCUCGAGAACUUGAUCAACCUAGAAGUCCUCAACGUCAGUCAGAACUUCCAGUACCUUGCCAACCUACCAUACUCCGUUGGUCUCCUCAUCUCCCUCGUCGAAUUGGAUGUCAGUUACAACAAGAUCACUGCUUUGCCUAACUCGAUUGGAUGCUUGAGGAAGCUCCAGAAGCUUUGCUUGGAGGGGAAUCCCCUGGUUUCACCCCCAAUGGAGGUCGUGGAGCAGGGCAUAAAUGUAAUGAGGGAGUACAUGAGUGAAAAGAUGCAUGCGGGGUACAAGAGCCCAACAAAGAAGAAGUCAUGGGUUGGAAAGUUUGUUAAGUAUGGUACCUUCAAUGGGCGUAGGAACGAGAACAAUGAGGGGAGGGAGGGCUUCAUCAUGCCGGAGUACCGCUCCAUUGAUGGCUUGGCUUCACCCCGGAACAUGGGCACGUUCUCCCCACGUCGGCUCUUCUCUGUGCGCACAUACUUUACCAGAUGAACGCCAAAAUUGUUAUUUUGAAGGUUAUCUUUCUGGCGAGCCUCUAUUUUUGCACGCAAAUUGAAAUUUAUAGCUUAUUUCGCAUGAAGGAUUGUUGUUAAGAAACAGGGGCAGCAGGAUCUACUUAUGCUGCCCAUUGUGUGCAGUUCUCUAAAAUAAGUCAUUCUUCUUUUCCUUUGUUUUGAGAAAAAAAAAAAAGAGAGAGAGGGGAAGUUUUGCAUUUUCGUUAAAUUUGUAGCGGAUGAUAGUUGCAUAUAGCGAGCAAAGCAGGAUGAUAGAUGAUAUUUUU